AUGCUGGGCCGCAGGGGCGCGCGCGCGGGGCGCGGGAUGGCGCGGGGCUGGACCGCGCUCUGCCUGCUGAGUCUGCUGCCUUCUAUGGAAUUCACAGAUAUGAACAUGACUACUAAUGCCACAGUGCCACUCAGCCCAGGAACAUCUUCACCUGUCCCUGCAACUACAUCCAACUGGAGAAGCGUGAACUCAAGUACUUUUAGAAGCACCAGCCUCUACAAUGUCUCUCAGGACAGCAAUGGGACCACACCCGUCACCUUAGUGUCUACAGUCAAUUUCACGUCUACCUCUGAGAGCCUCCCAGUCUCUGGAACCGUGAACUCUUCUGUCCCAUCACAGACCUCUUUAGCCACCACAGUGUCUUCUACCCUCAUCAGCUUUGCAACUACAGAGGCGACUUUGCAGCCCAGCACGUUUCCUGGAAAUAUUUCGGAUUCCCUAUACAAUAGUACCAGCCCUGUGACUUCUUCCAUUAAAACCUCUCCAUCAUUUUCUCCUACCCAAAGUAUCAUCAAGAAUGAAAUAAAAUGUUCCAGAGUCAAAGAAGUGAAAUUGACCCACAGCAUCUGCCUGAAGCUAAAUGAGACCUCCAGCUGUGAGGAGUUUAAGAAGAACAACGAGGAGAAGCUGACCCGAGUCCUGUGUCAGGAGGAGCAGGCCGAGGUGUGCUCCUUGCUCCUGGCCCAAUCCGAGGCGAAGCCUCAGUGCCUGCUGCUGGUCCUGGCCAACAGCACAGAAUGUUCCAGCAAGAUCAAACUUCUGAAAAGGUACCAGUCUGACCUGAGAGAGAUGGGCAUCGAGGACAUCUCGGAAGAAGAUGUCAGCAGCCACCAGAGCUCUUCCCGGAAGACCUUGAUUGCACUGCUCAUCUCGGGGGUCCUGCUGGCUGUCUUGAUCACCACAUGCUACUUCCUGAUGAACCGCCGCAGCUGGAGCCCAGGAGGAGAAAGGCUGGGCGAAGACCCUUAUUACGUGGAGAACAGUGGAGGCCAGGGCUAUAGCUCAGGCCCUGAGGCCUCCCCCGAGGCUCAGGGAAAGGCCAUUGUGAAUCGAGGGGCUCAGGAGAAUGGCACCGGCCAGGCCACCUCCAGAAACGGCCAUUCAGCGAGACAACGUGUGGUGGCUGAUACCGAACUGUGA